AUGACGCAAACUGCUCAAAAUGAAGAGGUUCUAGCUUCUAAAACUGAAGUAAACGGGCAAAAAAAUGUCUCCGACAUAAAUGAAAAUGAUAAUGAUUCUCAAUCUAAAGUAUUACCGGUAGAAGUAAAAGAACCGCAAGGCAAACCAGAACUCGACAAUAAUCGUCGUAAUUCGUCUCAUUCAUCAAAAUCCAGUAAUCACGAUCACUAUCGCAUUAUUUUCGAGACAAUUGGGAAAGCGCGAAAAUGGGAUGAUUUUGUAUUGCUAUUCAUUCUUAUCGCGGACGUCCAUAGACAGUUUGACUUUAGUCAAACAGCACAAAUAUUAGACAAUCUCACUGAAUAUUAUGAAGGAAGAGUAAUUGACUAUAAAAUAUUCAAAGAAGUUAAGAGUAUUCUAGUGGAUUACAAAUAUGCAAGAAAAGAGAAUGAUGAACCUGAACGGGAAAAAAUCAGGAAAUUUAUCUUUGAGAGUUUACGACUCUUUGAAAAUGAAACAAACGAUUGGGAUACAUUCCAGAACCUAGUGCGUGAGUUAGAUGAUGAUGAGCAACGCAGGUUGCGUUGGAUAUGUGUUAAUCAAAUUCCCACAUUGCUUCAUUUCGCCGGCAGUAUAAGAAAAAGUUUUCCUGGCGGUCGGUCUGCUUUUUAUAGUUGGAUGAAUAACAACAAUAAUUUUGCUGAUAAUGAUAAGAUAACAAAUGAUAAGGUAACAACAGAAGAUUACAACAAUAAUUCUCAAACUACGCUUCAAGCAAUGCAAAGUAAACACGAUAAAUCUCUGAAGGAAACAAAAAAAAAACUCGCAAAUGCAGAAUUGAAAAUCGAGCGUCUUGAAAAGCAACUCAGAACUUUGACGAAAGAAGCAUCAGAACAUCAAGCAGCACUGGGCAGAAUUACGAAUGUCGAUUGGAAAGAUGAUGAUCCAAACAAUUCGGUACAACUUUCAAAAGAUAUUGAAAACUUGCAAAAUUUAUUGCUUGAAUUUACUAGCGUAAAAGGUAGCAAUUAUCAACUCGAUAUGAAUGCGGCGAGAAAUUUUUUGCAUGGUUACAAAUGCAAUAUCGAAAUGUAUGCGUCACCUCUUGAUUUAAAAACGGCAGUGAGCGCAGCAUUGCAACGACACGCAAUUCAAAUAAUAUUAGAUGAAAUAAAAACCUAUCUCGCAAAGUCGAAUCAACUAGUUCAAGAAUCUUCGGAUGACCAGAAAUUAGAGAUUGAUAUAGUUUCUAAAACCGAUGAAUUGAGCCAUCUUAUCGAAAAUUUUUCGGAAAAACGUCCGGGAGACGACAAGUUUACUCCAUUGGCUCCAGCUAAACUCCGACAACAAGUGUUCGCAAUUCUUGGAUCACGUGCAUUUUCAAUUACCUCCCAUCCAUUUAUCGAAUCGCUCACGAGUAACUUGAUCAAUUUUAUGAACCAAUUCCGACAAGUGAAAUCAGAAGAGUUGAGUAGAGGAUUGCCUGCUCGCGCAACUCAAAUUAUUCGGGAGAUCAUUUGUUUGUUUGAAUUUAGAUUAAAAACUCAACCACAAGUGCCUGAUAUAGUAUUUUAUGAUGCGGGUACACCUUUGAAUCCUUUACUAAUGGAAGGAUCAUGGGAUAGUACAGAGGGUGUUGUUGAUAUUUGUUCCUUCCCGGUUAUUGGUAUAAACCUUGAUAAACCAAAUCCACACAUUUUUUGUAAAGCUAGGGUGCUGUCACGAGAAAAAUAA